AUGAGUCAACCAAAUAUCACGCUUUACACGGCCCAGACGCCCAAUGGAAUCAAGAUCUCCAUGGCCCUGGAGGAAUUGGGACUUCCCUACAAAGCCGAGAGGAUCGAUAUCUCGAAGAACGUCCAGAAAGAAGAGUGGUUUCUCAAGAUCAACCCCAAUGGACGCAUUCCGGCCUUAACCGAUACUUUUGCCGACGGUGAGACAAUCCGUCUUUUUGAAUCUGGCAGCAUAUUGCAAUAUCUGGCGGAGCAGUAUGAUAAAGACCACAAAAUCUCGUACCCCAAGGGCACCCGCGAGUAUUACGAGACCAACAACUGGCUCUUUUUCCAGAAUGCCGGCCUCGGCCCAAUGCAAGGUCAGGCGAAUCACUUCUCCCGAUAUGCGCCCGAACGCAUUGAGUAUGGUGUGAACCGAUACGUGAAUGAGACCCGUCGUCUGUAUGGUGUCCUUGACAAACACCUGGCCGAGUCCAAGUCCGGCUACAUUGUCGGUGACCAUGUCACCAUUGCUGAUAUUUCAACCUGGGGCUGGGUGGCAGCUGCCGGAUGGGCCGGUAUUGAUAUUGAGGAGUUUCCUAAUGUGAAGGCGUGGGAAGACCUUAUGGCGGCGAGACCAGGCACAGAGAAGGGACGGCAUGUCCCCACCCCGCACACUAUUAAGGACCUGAUCAAGGACAAGGCCGCCAUGGAGAAGCAUGCGGCUGAGUCGAGAGCGUGGAUCCAGCAGGGAAUGAAGGAUGAUGCAAAGAACAAAAUUUGA